AUGGAGUUGGCUUUCGCCCAGUGGGUCUGUGCAUUUGCUCUUGUGUUGACUGUGGUCGCUAUACUGCUGGUGGCCGUGCAUCGCGUCUGGAGCCCGUCGCAUCCGCUUCCUAUCUAUUUGUCCCGCAGGCUUUUUGCUGCUCACCUUUUUGCUUGCCUCUUCAUGGAGCUCCGCAAGGCGACGGUGUGGCUGGAGCUGCUGAGCUGGACCCUGGCGCUGCACGUUCUCUAUUUCGGCCUUUGUGAGAAGGGGGCGCGGCAUGUGACUCGCAUCCUUCACGGUCCCAGUUUUGGUGGUGCUCAUGCCAUGCUGCUCACCUACCUGUUUGAGCAGCUAACGGCACCUCGCCAAGCGGAUGAAGGUCUUGAUUCGUUCUGGGGCGCGGUUUGGCAGUUCUGGCUCCACUGCGGGCCAGUCCUUCUGCAUUGGGCAGAUGGCAUGUUGAAUUUCAAGGAGCUGCAGGCUGCCUACUCUCCACCGAUGACAGGUGGCACAACGUCGAUUUGGGAUGCUGGAGGGCUGGUCCCAGCGAUGCGCUUUGCCUCGUCGCGCAGCUUGCUGCGUGCCUGGUCUGCAGCUGCAGGCUACUUCAUGCUCGAAUGUGCCUGGAGUGCUACUACGCAGGUGUCGCCACGCGAAUUCGGAGUGCACAAGCUCUUGGAGGUGUCCAGCAUGGAGGAGGUGCUUCGAUUGGCGGCUUCCCUCGUUGCAUAUUCAGUUUUCACACAUCGGCUGUUUACAGUUGCACGCAUGCGAGACGGAGAUUUGCUCACAGUAGUUCUAGCGACUGACUUUGGGCAUCUUUGUGGAGUCGUGGUUUCUGGGAGUCCGCUGCAGCGCACCUGGGCUCUUUCUCUCGAUUCCCCAGAGGUAGACGAAUCCGAAGCCAACCCAUCUGCGCCGCUCAGGAGAGAGGUUGAGCUCCGCUGUGGCGUUUUCGUGCAGCGGCUGAACUUGGUCAACAUCGGCCACGAGGUCGACUCGGCGGAGGAGCAGCCAGCAUUUGGGGCGAGAUGUCUCGCCUUGUCCAGCGAUGGCAAAGCUUCAUACUGCGCAGUUUCUCCUGACGGAACCCGCAGCGUGGAAGCGUCCGGGAAGUGGGAAGUCAUCAAUGGUCAGGUGGUCCUGCUCGGGCAAGAGCUUGCUGGACCAUCUGUAAGCCAUCUGCAGCUGAGCAAGUCCAACACGCACUUGCUGGGCGGCUGUGCGUAUGAAGAGCCGGUGCAUGUGUCUUUGGAAGAGCUGGAGGCAUUUUUCGACAAGCCGGUUGCAUUCUCUGAGUGCAUUCCAAGAGGCGGGCAUCUGCUCCGCUUGCAGCUUCUGGAGGAGGGGCUUUCCGUGAGCGCACCACCUCCAGGAGGUGCAGCAAGCGAGGCUGCAGUCCUGACGAGCGCGUUGGAUUCCACGUUUAACACGGCUUGGGACACAGCAGGCCCUGCCUCGAUGGAAGCUCCGAAACAAAGUGCCCGGUCUGACCAAGCCACAGAUGAGCGUGCAUACUUCCUGCGAACACCUGUCCACGCUUUGCUCAGCUUGGCCAACCCAGCCCCCAAUCAGCAGACGGAUUCGGAGGAUGGAAGGUCCGGGCCGGCCGCUCCAAGGCUGCUGGGAGUCCAACGUGGCAUUACGACAUCUCUCCCCUCGGCCGCCGACAUCGGCUGGGACGAACCUGUUCAAGCGAUCCCGACAAAGCUGGGAGCCUACACUGCAGAAUGGCUGGGUAUGGAUCCCAAAGAAGACAGCGACCUCCUGUGGAUAGCCCGUCGAGGGCUGAAGACCCCGUUGCCAAAGCCCUGGCGUCCGUUCGAGGCUGCAAGCGGGGACAUCUUCUUUCACAACCCUGACACAGGUGAAAGCCAAUGGGACCAUCCCUGUGACCAUGAGCUGCGGCAGCUUUAUGCGUCUGAGAAGGAAAAGAAAAAGUUUGAUCCGGACGCCCCAGGAACGCCUUGCAAAGACCUGUCCGUCAGCUCAAUUUACGAGGAGACUUCGCCCCAGAGGUCCUUGGACGAGUGCAAUGAACAGACACCUUCUCCUCAGGUCAAGGUGCCCAGUGUUCGAGCUGAAAGUCAUGGCUUGGCAGCUGCCAGCACGACCACAGCCCCUGCAGGUACCAGCAUGCUUUGUGAAGGCAUCAAGCAAGCACAGCUCAUGCCGGAACGUCCAUCCAAGCCUCCACCAUCAAGGCUGAGGCCUCCGAGGCCAAAACCACUGCAGCUGGCUUGCGAUGAGUCUACGUCAUUCUGCCGCUCACCCGUGGCGAACAGUCCACAAACAAGGCCGUCAGGGUCAGCUCACCUGACUAGCCUUCCUGGCAGGGAACCAGCAGACAGAGAAAGGGUAAGUCCCGGUGAUGUGCAGAGCCCACCCACUCCUCGACUCAGUGCCGUGCUUACUGCGGAGUUGUUCAAUGGCGAGGACAUGGACCAGAUUAGCCUGUGGUCUCGAUUGGAGGAGGGUGAGGAGACCCUGUGCCAACCACUCCCACAAACUCACGUGGAAAACUGCUCUGCCCGGAGUCUGAGCAGUGUCCACGAAGGAGACUCGCUUGAGAUCUCCUCCUUGACAGCAGCGCUGGACAACUCAAAUGCUGACAAUGAUAGUUUCAAUCACUGCAGAAGUAGUUCGCCGCCGCCUCAGAAGCAGCAAGCUGCUGCUGCCUCACGUACUCCUCCGUGGCCACAUGGAUCACCUGGCGAUGCCUCGACACAUAUGACCGAGCUGCGUCGGUUGCGCCAGGAAAUUGAAAGCAACCAUGUGGCCUCCGAGACUUGCGAAACUUCAUCCCAGUCGCAGGGCCCAAAGCCAGAGGAUUUCAAAGAGGAUGCACAACAUUCGCAUGAGAAGCCAGUCCAGGAUUCGACCACUCAAACCGAUGAGACAACCACCGCAAGUGCUGGCGAAGGCGAGCACCUCUCGAAGACUGCGGACUCGCCGGGGGAGGAGCUGUCUCCGGCUCCAAACGACGAGAAUUCUCCAGGCUCAGACAAGGGCAUCCCGGAGACCUGCGAUGUCUCGGUGCAAAAGUCCAUGGCAUAUUUGGCUGCCGAGCUCAACGCAUUGGCAUGCAAGACUGUGCAACGAUGCAUGGUUCCAGACCAUCCCCUUCCACUAAGAGACGUCACGAACGAGAUGCAGGAUCUGCCAGACAUUGGGCUGAAGUCAUCUGGAACUCCUCGAUCUGCUGCAAACGUGGAUCUAGCCAACAUGCGCAUGCAACUGGAGGUGCAAGAGCAGCAGCGUGCCACGGCGGAGCAGCAACUGGACGAGUGUUUGUCCACAUACCGUAUGGAGCAAGCCAAACACACUGCCACAAAAGCAGCUCUGCGAGAAAGCCAGCGUGAAGUGCUCCGGCUGCAGAGCCAGGUCCAAUUCAAGGAGACAGAGACACAGCGCCUCGAGAUGGAGUUGCAAAGGUGCCAGUCAGAGCUCGGCUGCGUCUUUGCACAGGCAAAGCAAGCACAAGUUCAGCUCAAGGCUCAGCAAGCGGAGCUGGCUCAGGUCAAGCUGAGACUGAGGUCCCAGAAUUCCGAGAGGAUCAGCCGAACACGACCCCUUCAAAGAGCAGGUGGCCCAUCAGCGGCAGAGCAGGAGCCAAAGGUGUCAAGUGGAUCGAUCUCGCAGCUUACCCACGACCUCGCCGACAAUGCCAACCUUGCUGAUGUUGCCGAGUCGACUCUUCGACGUUGCCAAUCUCUUGGCGGAUCUUCAGGUACCCGAUUGGCAUCGGAGGUUUCAGAUGCAUUGCGGAAGCGGCGAAGAGAGCUUCGAAGAGAACAUGCGGAGUUGGAGCAGGAGCGCCGCCAGUGGCGCCUCGAUGCACGCAACUUGCGUCGAAGCCAAGCGGCCGACGCAGAAGCGACCUGCCUCAACCAGAUGCUUAUACCACAUUGUAGGAGCUUCGCAUGA